CCCGCGAAUUACACAGGCACUCAUCACGGCGCGGUCACGAGGGCUACUUCUGAGCGACUUUCAGAACAUUGGGAAUAGUUUGUAAAAUACGGACAGGGAACCAGAGAAAGGCAGCAGAAGAAAGAGACGCUGCUCAGAACCAGUCCCCGUCAUGGACGACCUAGACGCCCUGCUGGCCGACCUGGAGUCCACGACCUCCCACAUCUCCAAGCGCCCCGUGUUCCUGGCCGACGAGACGCCCUACUCCAUCCCCACCGGAGGCCACUCCUACCAGGAUGUGUCGGCGCCUCCCCCUGUGCCCCCUCCCCCCUCCACAGACGCUCUGAACGGUUCCCUGGUCGAGCCACCGGACUUCCAUCACUCCUCCCAGCAGUCCUUAGGUUUGGCCAAGACAAACUCCUGGUCCGGGGACACCAGCCCCCCACAGUCUCACAUUGAAGAGGAGCACGUCUACAGCUUUCCAAACAAACAGAAGCCGUCCGACCCGUCUGCAGCAGCCAUGACCUCCGCCCUGGGCAAUAACCUGUCGGAGCUGGACCGGCUACUGCUGGAGCUCAACGCCGUGCAGCAGAACUCCCCCUCCUUCCCCACCACAGAGGAGGCCGCGCCGCCCCUGCCGUCCUGCAGCAUCACCCACUACGAGAACGGCGGCGCCCCCGAGAUCAGGGUCAGCCCCCCGCCGCUGGACAAGCCCAAGAGGAACGGGGCGCGGGCGGACGAGGGCCGGCCCGGCGUGGAGGAGCUGCUUGACGGUCUUGAGGGAUCCAUCCCCGUGCCCGGCCCCAGACCAUCUGAUCUUCACAGUGAGUUGGACACACACUCUCAGCAGCAAGCUCGGAUUUCGGCCUCCUGUGCGACGCGAGAGCUCGAUGAACUCAUGGCUUCCCUCUCUGACUUCAAGAUCAGUGCUCAGGGGAAGGGUAGUGGCCCUCCCACCACUCAGGUGAACAAACUGGACAACAUGCUGGGGAGCCUGCAGUCAGACCUCAACAAGCUGGGGGUGCAGACGGUGGCCAAGGGGGUGUGUGGGGCCUGCAGCAAGCCCAUCGUGGGGCAGGUGGUGACGGCCAUGGGGCGCACAUGGCACCCCGAGCACUUUGUGUGCACACACUGUCAAGAGGAGAUCGGUUCUAGAAACUUCUUUGAGCGUGACGGGCAGCCCUACUGUGAGAAGGACUACCACAACCUCUUCUCCCCGCGCUGCUACUACUGCAAUGGACCCAUUCUGGAUAAAGUGGUGACGGCGCUGGACAGAACAUGGCACCCUGAACACUUCUUCUGUGCUCAGUGUGGAUCCUUCUUCGGACCCGAAGGUUUCCAUGAGAAAGAUGGCAAGGCGUACUGCCGGAAGGAUUACUUCGACAUGUUCGCCCCUAAGUGCGGUGGCUGUGCCCGAGCCAUUCUGGAAAACUACAUCUCCGCACUCAACUCUCUCUGGCACCCCGAGUGUUUCGUCUGCAGGGAGUGCUUCACCCCGUUUGUGAACGGCAGUUUCUUCGAGCACGACGGGCAGCCCUACUGUGAAGUGCACUACCACGAGCGGCGCGGCUCCCUGUGCUCCGGCUGCCAGAAGCCCAUCACGGGCCGCUGCAUCACCGCCAUGGCCAAGAAGUUCCACCCGGAGCACUUUGUCUGCGCCUUCUGCCUCAAGCAGCUCAACAAGGGCACCUUCAAGGAGCAGAACGACAAGCCCUACUGCCAGGGCUGCUUCGUGAAGCUGUUCAGCUAGAGAGGAGGUGGGGAAGGAGGAGGAGGAGGAGGAGGAGGAGCAGCAGGAGGAGGAGGAGGAGGAGGUGGAGGGAGGGGGCGACAGAAGCGCAUUCAGAAGUUGAUGUGAUUCGUACGGAUGGCAUUUUUGAAUAUGAAUGGGGUUGUUUUGAGUGCAGACUUUGGAAGUGUAUAUGGUAUAAGUAUCUGCAUGUAAUUUGGGCAGUACACCAUAUGCUUUUUGAUAUUUAUAGAAUAAAAAAAAACCUGACCCAUUUAUUAGUAGCGGUCAUACACUUUGAAAGCUGGGGCUGUUACACAGGCUAAGCGUGGCCUCAAAUGGGUCAGUUUCUCUCUUCAGUGGAACACAAAUGUUUAGCAGGUCCAAACCUGCGGUUCUCUGAGGGGGGGGGGGGGGGGGGGGGGGGGGUUGGAACAUGGAGUAUCUUGAUGGGGCUGAAGCUUACCAACACUGAAGCUGCACGCACAAUGCUUGGCGUUUAAAGCUUGUUGCUCACUGGUUGAGUGUGAAUUUUGGAAUUCAUUAUAGAAUAACUGUUUAAACAUGAAUUGUUGUUGUAAGUAACAAGAUGAUACUAGCCAAGUGGUGAUGGGAAUUAUUUUCUGAUUGUUUAAAAGAUUAUAAAUAUGACUGUGACAUUCUGAUAACAUUGACUGAAAAUAGGAGCUUUUGUAUUUAAGAUCAUCUAUAGGUCUUCAAACUAUAAUGGAAUCAAUAACUUGGUGAGGAAGUCAAGUUAUUUUUUAGAAGUCAUUAUUCACGCCCCAAAAUAAUCAAUCCCAAUUGACCGUAACGAUAUAUACAAAUAUAUCGUGCAGUGAUGGCAUUUCUUCAGGAUACUGUAAAUGUUACAGAGACUAAUCUAAAGUCACGCCUUUUCAGUCACAGAUCAUUCCCUGUCCGUUACAGAGAUGCUAGAUAGAAUUCUAAAAAAUAUUCCUCUGAGCUGCAGUGCAGUCGUAGUUUGUCGCGGCCUGUGAACCGAUCAUUCAGUACGAUACUGAACUUCUCUGCUUCAUACAGGUAACACUGGGAGUGUAUUCUAAGAUCAAAUGUAGCUUUGGCUCUUCCUGAGACUAGCUGGUCUAACUUCAAACUGACUGAAACGCUCAAUAUUUUUUUACUUAGUUGAUAUAGCUAUAUAAAUUACGACUAACUUUCCAGUUGAAUGUUCUGUGUAGCAUGUGCAUCUAAUUAAUAACCACUCGUUAGAGAGGCCGACGGCCUCCAGGAGUAUUUCUGUUUUGUUUUUAUCACUGUAUUGAGAUGCUGGUGAAAUUGUUUUUCUAGGACAUUCACAAAUCAACAAGAAUAAGUAUGCAAUAUGAAAUACUCCUUUGCCAUUGCUUGUUAACAAAAAAUCAAUCUUUCAGAAAUCAAGCUUGUCUCUAAUUUUAUUUUCUGUGCCAAUGUAAUGUCUUUUAACACUGUUAUAACCAGCAUCACAGAUGACCUUCAUAGUCUCGAUCAUUUCAUCUGUGACUUCACUCAAACAUGUAAACAGUUUAAAUAAAAGUCUGGUGCUCUCUCAUGAAAGGACUUUAGACUAAUUUGACUCCUUUCUCUCAGCAUCUGAGUAGUAACUACUGUUUAGCCAUAACGGCUGGAAACGCGUCUGCAGAAUUGUUACCUGGUUUAACCGUGUAAAGCAAUAUAUCAGGCCUCAUGACUUCAGGGAAUAAUAGAGCUGUGCAUCUUAUAUCAUAUUAAGUCUGUCUAAACUGUCUGCUUUAAUAAUUGAAGUACAUGCUAUUUAGCCAAAGCCAUAAAUAUUUGUCAAUUUUUUCCUGUUUCUGUUCCAAUUUCCUCUUCACAACUUAAAGAUGUACUAUUUAGGGAGCUGACUCACUGCUCGCCUGAUAAAUCAAAUAAAUACGUUUGGUAACAAA